GGCAGGCAGGUAUUUCCGGUUACCUCACGAAAAGCGCCGGAAGUGGCCUAGGACCAAGAAUCGGGCCCGCUGUCGCUUCAGGGGGGAGACACCACGAGCCGGCGCGUGGGGAGUGAGUGCGCGAGGCGGCGCUAAGGAACUAAUUGAAUGGGACUUCAAAUACUGGUUGAUAAAAUAGACGCAAAAUGGCAUAUAGAAGAGAUGAAAUGUGGUCUGAAGGACGAUAUGAGUAUGAAAGACUUCCAAGAGAACGACUCCCACCACGAAUUCAUUCUGACGGUACACAGUAUGUAUUUGGCAACAUAAAACCUCAGGGGUCAGCAAAAUUUCUUCAUUUUCAACAAACUGGAAACCAGAUAAGUUUGAACAGGGAUGACUACCAUAGAGUAGUUAAUGUUGCACCCAAGAAACCACCACUACUAGAUAGACCUGCAGAAGGAAGUUACAGUAGAUAUGAUGAUUAUAGUCAUGUUGACUACAGAGCCUAUGAGGAGGGCCGAAGUUUUUCCCAUGAACGAAGAAGUGGCCCACCACAUAGAGGGGAGGAACCAGGAUACAGGUGGCCAAAGGAAGACUAUUCCAUAAGUCGACAGCCCGACUACAGGGACAUCAGAGAUGGCCUCAGAAGAAAAAGCUUCUAUCCUUCCCAUUAUUUGAGAGAGAGAUCCCCUCAUAAGAGGGACUCUCCUUUCUUCAGAGAAUCGCCUGUGAGCCGAAGGGAUUCUCCACACAGCAGAUCCGGCUCCAGUGUCAGCAGCAGGAGCUACUCCCCUGAAAGAAGCAAAGCCUAUUCUUUCCACCAGUCCCAGCAUAGCAGAAGUAUGUCAUCUUUACAUAAAAGAAAUAUUUCUCAGCAAGGUAAAGAGAGACCUUCUGCUCAGUCACUGAAAACGUCAAGAGAUGCAUCCCCAUCAGGUUCCACAGCAGUAACCUCUUCAAAGGUCUUGGAUAAAAGCAGCAGGCUGUCUGAAAAGGAACUUGCAGAGGCUGCAAGCAAAUGGGCAGCUGAAAAAUCAGAGAAGGCCGAUGAAAGCAAUUUACCUGAUAUUACUGAAUAUGAGGCGGGGUCCUCAGCUCCAUUAUAUGUUGAACGGACAGAAGAAACAGAGACAAAUAUAACAGAUAGUACAGAAUUGUAUGAAGACAACCAGCUUCUUGGCCGCUCAAAAGCAAUUGCAACAAAAACCAAAGAGAUUGAACAGGUUUACAGGCAAGACUGUGAAACCUUUGGCAUGGUAGUGAAGAUGCUGAUUGAUAAAGAUCCUUCAUUAGAAAAGUCCAUUCAGUUUGCCCUGAGACAAAAUUUGCAUGAGAUAGGUGAGCGAUGCAUUGAAGAACUUAAACAUUUCAUUGCUGAAUAUGAUGCUGCCAAUCAAGAGUUAGCAGAGUCCUUUAAAGAGGGUGCAUAUUAAGAACAAAAAAUAUGCUUUUAGAUUUUCCAUAUUGUAUAUGCCGUUAAUAUAUAAAUAUGCUUUUUGUGGAGAAGGGGAAUACUUGCUGGAGGUUUGAAGCCAAGGCCCGUGUACCUUCAUAGUAGCUGACGAUAGAUUGUUCAUUGUCCAGGUCAUUUAAUUGUGUUCUUCUAAUGUGUAUUUGUUUUGUGACAUUUAUUCCUUUGAAAAGGAUACAUGUUUCAAUAAUGAUGUAAAGUGACAAACUAUUUUUGAAAUCCUUUACACAAUUACCUAGAAAAAAAGAUUUGUUCGAUGUAUGUAUACUUUUGUUUCAAUGUUUAGAAGUGUGAGUAAGCACUGUAUUUUUAUUAAAAUAACACAAAGCAGUUCUUCAUUCCUCAGCCUAUAUUCAAAAACAAGGAUGUUCUCUUGUUUAUACAUGCUAUAGAAAAACUUGCAAGGUUGUUCAUGACCGUGGUUUACUUUUAUCAUAUAUUUUUGCCUUGUGGUUUUAAAGUUCAGGUCCAUUCUGAAAAAUGACAUCUGUGGAUUCCUUGUUUGACUCAGUGACUGCCAGAACAAUUUGCUCACUUGACAAGGGAAGUGAUGUCUUUUCUAAUUUUAGCACUGCAAACUCCACUUAAUAUCCUAAAGACAAGCUGGGUUGUUUUCUUUUCAUGUAUCAUCAGUAUAAAAUUGGUUUGGUAGGCUGAAUUCUACUUUCAGUUACAUCUGUGCAACUGAGGGCAGAAUUUUCCCUGUGGUUCAAACUUAGUUAACAGUUCUGCUUGAUACUUAGAGCAGUACAGGGCUAACUAGAGGUUUGUUGUUGUUUUUUUUUUUUUUAAAGUGAAAAAAAUAAUUGUGACAGAAGAAAAGGUCCACUGGGCAACAGUGCUAGUUCUGAUAUAAGUGAAAUUUCUGAAAAGUGAUUAAGGAUCAGUUUGUGGUACCUUGUUAAAAUUAAGAGUCUGCAUCUUCAUUUUUAAAAAGAGAUUGACAUAUUAGAAACAUUCCACCUUAGACAGUUACAAAAUUUCUAAGACAUAUUACACAGAGGUUAGUAGAAGCAGAGUUAAGCUCCUUGUAUCUAUCUGUAUUACAUAACAUGUUUGAAACUAAAUGUAAAGAGCCAAUGACUUUAAAACCGACCACUUCUAUGACACGUAGGCUGCUUCACCUAACAAAUACUGUGAGCCCCAUUCUACAGUCGUGUACUAUCAUUAACUUCAUUGGGACUACUUACAAGGGAGUAAACAAAUGUAUGGUAAUCAUUUUGUAUGUAGAAGUUGGUGUGUACUCAUACUCACCAUUACCGUUCUUCACAAUGGGUUGCACAUACUGGGUUGCACCUUUCUGGUAUAGGAAUUCAAUAAACGUCUACAUCAGACUCAUGCUAUGGGUCUGGUUUGUUUUAGCGUCAGUGCCUGUGCUUUAGAUUGACUCUUCUGUGAUAACGAAUUUAUCCAAUGCAGUUAACUAUUCAUACAAAAACUGAAACUGUUUGAAAAAUGGCUGAGUCUUUCCUCACCUACUAUCAUAGGCGCCGACUCUGUGGGUGCUCCCUGCCCCCUCCUCCCCGCUCCAGCUCACCAACACUCCACCUCCUCCACGAGCGCGCUGCGUGCCCGCUUUUUCCCCCUAGUUCCCAGCGCUUGUACCGCAAAACAGCUGUUUUGUGUGGCAGGGAGGGAGGAGGGGGAACGCAGCAUGCUCGGGAAAGAGGUGGGGCCAGAGCGGGAAUUUGGGAGGGGUCCAAUAGGGGCAGGAAGGGGGUGGAGUUGGGGUGGGGACUUUCCGGGAAGAGGUUGGAAUGGGGGCAGGGCAGGGAAAGGAUGGAGUCGGGGCGGGGCCAGGGGCUUGGGGGGGGCACAAGCACCCACCGGCGCUGGAGAAAGUUGGCACCUAUGCCUACUAUGUUUUCAGCCUUUGAAAAAUUUUGUCAUUGUUAGCUACGAGUACUCUCGUAGCAAAAUCAGUGUUAUACAUAAGUUUGUACUCAUGGUUAGAACUCUUAAGGUUAUAAGCACUGAACAAAAUUUAGGAAUAUGUGUUUAAUAAUAAUACAUCUUGCUAAUAAUUAUGACAAAUGCCUACUGUUCUUGUCAAGAAUGCCAGUUUUUACUGUACUUCAGUAUUCUUCAUUAAGGAAUAUGUUCCUAAUGCUUAAUUUGCAACAAAUAAUCUCUAAAAAGUAGAGAAUAUUGUGAGCACAUGCUUUAUUUUAUGAAAAUCUGUUUUACAUAAAUCAUCUGUUUCUCAAAUCAGAUUAAAUCUGUGAUAGCAACCAAGGG